AUGGCGCUCCCGCAGGCCGCCGCCUCCGAGCCCGAGCAGCCCGAGCAGCCCUCGCCGCGCUCCCUGCAGCGGGUGCAGGAGUCCACCCCGACGCCCCGUCUCCCGCCCCGGGGGUCCCCCCCGCCGGGCCCCGCCGAGCGGCAGCGCAGCCCGGGGCCGGGCGUGCGGCAGGUGCGGGUGCUGCUGACGCCGCUGGCCGGGCCGGGCCGGCUGGCCCAGAAGCGGCUGCGGGGCGGCGGCGCGGAGGGCAGGGCGGCGGGCGGCAAGAGGCUCUGCCUGGAGCCCGGCCCCGGGCAGCCCGCCCCGGGGCCCGCGGGGCGCGGCGGGGACGGCGCCGCGGAUGCGGAGAGCGACGGGAGCGAGGCGGGAGACGCUGCUGCGGAUGGAUACUCACAGUUAUCAGCUUAUGAAAGGAAGAGGCUAAAGAACAUCACAGAAAAUGCUAAAUUCUUUGCUGCUUUAAAGCUGCACGAGUCAGCUGCAAGACUUCACCAAAUUGCAACUAAAAGGCAGUCCCGUGUCACCAAAAGUUCCAGAGCUAAGCCUAAGAAGGCAGAAGAUGAAACAGUGCGUCGGAGAUCGAUGCGCCUGCUGAGAGUGGAGCCCUCGGGAAUUCCAAUGCCGGAGCUGCCUGCCCAGCCAGAAGCAGAGGAAUAUCCUCAGGUUCCAGCUGGACCUUUGCCGAUGGUUCCAGAAGAUCAGGUGGAGAACAGUAAAUUGACAGAGGACUUACUGACAACAUGGAUGAAGAUAAGUGAGAUGAAAGUGGGUGAUGCUGAGAAGCGCACGAGUGACAUGAAGAGAUACCAAGACAGCCUGAGCAGCAUGGUCAUCAGUGAAGAGAAUGUGAAGAAGGUGGUGAAGUACCGGGUGUGUUCCAUGGCCAUCCACCCUUCGGAGAGCGCCAUCCUCGUGGCUGCUGGAGACAAGAUGGGGCAGGUCGGGCUCUGGAACGUGAGCUGUAUGUCUGCAGAAGGAGCCCAGACCUUUGUCCCACACAACCACUCUGUCAGCUGCAUGCAUUUUUCUCCAUCCAAUCCUGCUCACUUGCUGUCCCUCAGCCACGACGUGCUGCGCUGUGGAGAUGUCACCAGGGCCAUCUUUGACGAGAUAUACAGAAGUGAAGAAGAAUUCUCUUCCUUUGACUUCCUGGAAGACAGUGCCUCCACUGCAGUUGUAGGACACUGGAACGGCGACAUCUCCCUUGUGGACAGACGGACCCCGGGGACAUCUUCAGAGCUUUUUGCAGACAUUGGCUUCAAAAGAACCAGGACAGUCCAUGUUCACCCAGUGAACAGGCAGUAUGUCCUUGCUGCUGGCUCAGUGGAUGUUUGUGUCUUUGACAUUCGAUACCUGAAGUCCCAGGGGAACCAGCCUGUGAGCUCUCUGAACGGACACACCAAAAGUGUUGCUUCUGCCUAUUUCUCCCCUGUGACUGGGAGCAGGGUAGUGACAGUGUGUGCUGAUGAUAAGCUGAGGGUCUAUGACACCACCUCUUUGUCACCAACAGUCCCAGUUCUCCGCACUGUCAGACACAACAACAACACGGGACGCUGGUUAACCAGGUUCAGGGCAAUAUGGGACCCUAAGCAGGAGGACUGCUUCGUGGUGGGCAGUAUGGCACGUCCGAGGCAAAUAGAAGUCUUCCAAGACACGGGGAAGUUGUUGCACUCUUUCUAUAACAUUGACUGUCUUGGUUCCGUGUGCUCCAUUAAUGUUCUUCACCCCAGUAGGAACAUUCUAGUGGGUGGCAACUCCAGUGGCCGCCUUCAUGUGUUCAAAGAAUAAAAAAAGGUGGCUUAGAUUUAUUUGGCUUUUUGCAUUACGUUUGUUUAAUCCCUCCUGAGCUGUCCCUGAGCUAACUGCCUUUUCUCAGGGCUGAAGUGUAUUUUUAAAGUUUUAAAAUAAAUCUUCUAAACCACCUUUGACAUUCUCUUAAUUAGAAAAAAAUAUAUAUAUACUCUCAUCCUGCUACGAGAGGCAGUUUGUACCAGAAGAGAUGUUUUUCCCCAAGACUGGAGGAGUUUUUCAA